AUGCCUGUUCCACGGCCACCCCGCUCGGAGAAAGGUGCCGGGGUGGGACCCCUCAGGGGCAAGCCCUACAACGAGUGCCCCGUCCCGCUGCACGCUACCCCACGCCGCACUCCAAGGGGAAAUCUGUGCCCGGUGGCACAGCACAGCCCCGCACGGACGUGGCAGGUCUCCCCACGUCCCGCCAGUGACAGACCCCUCAGCCCCCCGCCACCUGCCAGUGACAGACCCCUCCCCGAGCCCCCUCAGCAGCAGCCCCACUGCAGUGCCCCUACCAGCGCACCGCUGCCCGCAGCUCCGCCGCCCUGCCCGACCCAGCCUCGCCGCCGCUGCUCCCGGCGCCUGCCCCGCCCCUCUCCCGCCAACGCCAACGGGGCGGCGGGCGGAGCCGUUGCGUGUCGGGCCCGGGCGGCAGGAAAGGGCCGGCCGCACCCCGGGAAACUGCGCCCGGAACCUGCGUUCCGGCUCGCAACGGGUCCGGCUCCCUUCCCGGCGCCAGUGCCUCGGUGUCCCCGCCAAGGACUGCUGGAGCUGGACGGGCGCAGGCUCAGUCCUGCUUUGUACGGCCCUUCGUGA